UUUGACAUCUUGGUCUCAAGGGUUAGCCUCGAGGUAAAAAAGGCCAUCGUUACCCAGCCUUCAUCCUCAGAGACAAGAGCUACACCAACAGUUGUGUCAGAAACUCCCUCACAACCCUUGCCUGUUGCUACUUCUGGUGAACAGCUUGAUGAAAGUGUCAUUGAGGAACCAAUUGUACCAUCUACUGGUGAUACUUCGGCUAGGCAGCUUGUAGAUACUGCUAUUGGUGCACUGCAUAGCUCGAUGCAAGGUGAGCAUCGUAAACCUAGCCAAAUGUUUCAUUCAGUUGGUCUUAGUCUUGAUGCGAGCAUUUCUGAAAAAGUUAAGACUAAGAUCUUCAAUAAUGAAUAUAUUGAUUUUGGUGUUCUGAUAAGCAACCAUUUGGCUGGGGAAGAUAAAUACCAGAUUAGUAUUGUUAAUGGAAGGAGUGGCCAACCCUCCCUCUUUUUCGAGCCCUCUAAUAAACCUAAGCGCAUUGUAAACAUUGAGGGUUGGAUGUCUGCUUUCCGCAUUUUUGUGACGUUGUAUACCCGUAAAUAUCCUGCUGAUGCACCAGCACUAAUGAAGUAUGGUGACGUAAUUCAGGAUUUGGCUUCUAGGUCACACAAUUGGAAAUUCUAUGAUGAGAACUUCCGUUUUAUGAGACAGAGUCAGCCCGAGGCUUAUCCUUGGGGAACAGUUCAAUGGGAGUUGUGGCUUCGCUCUCAGGUGACCCCUCAGUCCUCUCAGUCCACGCCAGCCACCCACAGGGUUCGAAGACACCCAAGUAUAAUGCCAUCCCCAAGGGUUAUUGUUACGGUCUUCAGAGAGGGAAGGAGUGUUCAGGUUGCGCAUACAAGCAUGUGUGUUUCAAAUGCAACGGAAAUCACGGUGGGCUGCAAUGCACUUUUCGUCUCUCAAAGAGACCAACCUCAGCCCCAUCCCAAGCAAAGCCACAACCUUCCCACACCAAUA